UAAAACAAUUAAUUUACUCAAAUUAAAUAAUCCUGGAAACCACUGUAAAAUCUUGCAUUGGAAACAAAGAAACAAGUCAAAGUGGCUGUAAAAAUAAUUGUCAAAAAAGUGAGUUAACACAAAACUUGUUCGAUUUAUGAAAAUACACAUAUACGAUAAAUUUUUAAGAAAAAAUUGCGUUAAAAAUGAAAUGUCUUUCAGUGAAAGAAAUAGCCUCCAUUCUACAGAUUGCGGUUGCGGUACUCUGCUUGCCUGCCGUGCUGCUAUUCUCGAUGGUCAUAUCCUUUCCGGAUGACAUGAAAUUGUUCAUGUAUCAGUGCUCGCUAACUACAACAAUGGUGCUCUGUCUGAUAUUCGGUUGCAGUACAUGGUUUUACAAUUCAAACUAUCCGAAAACGCGUCUACAUGUCCGCAUACUGAUCGUUAUUGUAUUAUGGAUUAUGUUUGUUUUGGGCGUCGCAACAGCGGUUUUAUUCGAUUUGCAAUAUUCCGGAGAACUUAUAUACGGUUUGUUCGAGCCUGACAUGUUUGAUACUAUCGAUUUGGUUUUCCUUUAUAUAGGCAUGAUUUUAGGGGCUUUGGCGCAUCUAAUACUCUUAAUUGUUAAUAUAAUAUUAACUGUAGGUGUAAUUCGAAGAGGACGGAAAUGA